AUGGCCUGGUUCGACAAUAUCACGCGCGCGCGCGCCCUCGAGACGAGCGAAGUACCGCGCAUCUUCGCCCUGGUCAACGACGAGGGCUACGACAACCAGUGCGGCCACGGCGGCCCGGAGAGCCCCGACGGCGCGGAGGAAUUCUGCAAAGCCGCGCAGGCCUGCGAGCAGCGCCUCGUCGAGGCGCGGCGCCGCCACUUCGAGGAGACGCCCCUCGGCGGCCGGGGCGGCGCGGCGGACUACGACGCCGACCUGACGGGCGUCGCGGCGGCCGAGCUGGAAGCUCUGUUCGAGUACUGGGCGCCGGCGAAGGAGCGCGACUUAUUGACGAAAGACGUACCCGCGGUCUGCUUCUCCUGCGCCGUCGACGCGCUCUACUUCGGCGAGGCCACGACCGCCCGCUUCUUCGGUCGCCUCGGCGCGUUCGCGGGCGUCGCGGCGGAGCUCGGGAUGGAAAACAUGCGAGCGGACCUCAAGUCCGCGGCGCCCGACGCCCGGGCGCGCGUGCGGCCGCUCGUCGACGCGCUCCGGGCGACGACGUCCGACCGCGCCCUCGUCGCGUGGCUCAAGCCGCGGAUCCCCUGCGCGUGCCUCGCGGCGCUCUGCGCGCCGGGCCGCUGCCUCAACUGCAUGAAGCCCUGCGAGAAGCCGAAGAAGUGCGGGCGGUGCAAGGACGUCACCUACUGCGACCGCGACUGCCAGGCCGCGGACUGGAACCGCCACCGCUACGAGUGCCGGCCGUGCCCGAAGGAGGAGGCGGCGGCGCCCGAGUAA